UUUUUUCCUUUGCUGCUGUUUAAUAUCCGUUAACUGGGUUACUGGUGAUGUUUCUCUUUGGCUUGUUUACAAUGUUCAAAAGUUUUUUUUUCUCUUUCUCCCCAAGCUGUAGAAACACAAAAUGGAAAAUUGGCGUAGCAACGAACGAAAAGCAAAACGCGAAAAAAAACACACACACAAAACACAAACAAAACCCUCUCUUCACAGCUGUUUUGUUGAUCUAUUUUCAAUCAGCUACACACACAAUUUGGACACAAUGUCAGAAGAAACUAAACCAGUCGAAGUUCCUAAAGAAGAGAUCUCAAAGGAGGAGACCACUAAGGAAACCGUUGAGAAACCGGUUGAGAAUUCAACAACAGAGUCAACCACCACGGGUGAAUCCAACUCCAAACGUCAAGCUGAAGGUGGUGAAGCAAAGAAGGAGAAGAAACGUCGUCGUAGACAGUACGAUGACGUUCCAGAUGAGCCUGAGGAGGAGGACGAGGAUGAAGAUGAUGAAGACGAUGAGAAAUUGGAUGCCAAACUGGAAGAGGAAGGUGAUGAGGAAGAAGAUGACCUUGCGGAGAUUGACACUUCAAACAUCAUAACCACGGGGAGAAGAACGAGAGGUAAAGUCAUCGACUACGCAAAGACGGCUGCCCAGCUGGACAACGAAGCUGGAAAGGCCACAGGUGCUAAGGAAGAUGAAGAAGACGACGAUGCUGACUUCAAGGAGCCUUCAAAAUAAGAACAUACACUACACUAUGUCAUUGUUUCUUUAAGAAUCCUCAAGAUUGUUUGUAGUUUAUAUUAUUGUACAGGCCUGAUAUAAUGAUGUUUGUCUUUGAAGGUACAAUUCUCAACAGCAGUUGCUCUUAUGCUUGUUUGACUCUGCCCCUGGGGUUGGUGUCAAGGAGAUUGUCUGUCCAG